AUGAAAUUUAAAAGUCAUCAAAAAUUAAGAAACCACUUUCUAGUUGGAUUCGUCCCCUUUAAGGGAAAAUUUGAGGAUACUAUAAAACCUUUUAUUCAAGAUAUUCAGCAACUUGAAUGUGGAUUUUUAAUGACAAUUGAUAAUGAACAAGUAUGGGUUUCAGGAGGGCUUGGAAUUACUAUAGCUGAUCUUCCACAAGGGAAUGAUCUUGCUGCUUCAUGUGAUAAUUUAACGGAUAUAUCAUUUGAUAUUGCUAAGCAUGGACGUUAUCAUCAUUUAACAAAUAUUGAGUUUGAAAAUAUACAGCGUUUGCCUAAUAUGUUACAAAAACAUGCCCUUGCAAGUUCAUUAGGUUUUGGAUUAAUUCCAAAUCCACUAGAUCAAUUAAUUCGUGAUCAUCAUAUUAGUACACCACAGGAUAUUUUUCAUUGCUUUGCAGGUAAAGCAAAUAGACUUCUUAUUGCAACAUUCAGACUUUUGACAAAUUCUGGUGAAAAUACUUUUACAAGAACAUGGAAAUUUUUUGAAGUACCAUCUUGUUGGUCACGACAGAAAAAUCCAAUAACACAUCUUGCAUGUUAUUUUAUGUCAGAUAUUUUGCGCCUUACUAUGAUUAUUCCUUUUAUUUUAUACAGAUGUCUUACAACUAACCUUUUGAAACGUGAAGUUUUAACAAAUAUGAAGGAAAGAAUGAAUUUACAAUCUUAUCGUCAUGUGAUUAAUAAGAUAAUUAAAUGCUGGGUUCAAUUUUCAUUAACAACUCGUAUGGUAUUUUCAAAAACUCUGAUGAAAGUAGAUUAUGAAACUAUACAAAAAAUGUUAGAAUUAGAGUGCAAAAUGCUAUUAGAGGUUUUUCCUGAACAAUUUAGUGGACUUCCAAAUCUUCAUAUAAACCGGCACAUUGUUGCACAUGCUAAAACUUAUGGAACAGCUUUGAAUACAUCUGUUUCUGUUAAAGAAAUGCAAGAUAUUCAGUUUGAACAUAUUAUUGGUCAAGGUAUUCAAAAUAUCGUUAAUGAUGUUGCAUUAAGACCUUUAUUGAAUAGCUGGUAUAUAAUUUCAUCACUAUUGCCAAAAAUAUAUGAUGAAGAUGACAUUGAAAAAGCAAAUAUAAUAACAUGUAUACCAGAAAUAAUGGAUAUUAAUGUAAGAUUGAAGUGGAAUAAAUACCAACGCAAUCAAGAAAAUUUUACUAUUGGAAAACAUCUUAAUGGAUACUUAUCUAACGAACUUGCUAAUGCAUAUACAGAGUAUUAUAAUGAUAGAGGUGCUAUGAUAAAUUCAAAAGUGGAAUUUUAUAACAAUAUUUCGUAUGUUGUUAAAGAAGAUGACUGUUUUGUUGAUGUACAAUUAAAUGUAGGAGAUAUUGUUGACGUAUUUGAAGAAGGUGAAACUGAAGAAUCUUAUGCUAUUAUUAAAGGAAUUUUUACUCAUCAUGAACGUUCAAGAAAGUUACAUGCAUUUGUAAUUUUUGACUGGUUUGAAAAAAUCAGAGAAAAUUCAAUGUUAAAAUGUCCAAAAUAUAGAUUACAAGCACUCGAAGAAACACAAUGGAAUAGGGUAUUUUCAAUAUCAUUAAUUGAUCAUAAUCCAAGAGUUCAUUUUGUGCAUGAUUGUAAUGGAGAUUGUAAUAAUGAUAAACAUGAUUUUACAAAUCGUUACUAUUUGAAAAAUAUGUAUUAUUAUUUAGCAGUAUAA